UGGCGACAUCUCAGGACUAAUUUUGACAUUUAUCUUGUGAAAGUAUAGAAUUGCUUAAAAUAAUUCUUUGAACACUUUAUCACAAUGUCAUAUCAAAAAGGAAACGAGCUGCUGGACAAGCUUUCGCAUCUUCUUCAGUUACACGGAGAUCCUAUCUUAAGACAGGAAAGUCAGUUGUGCUUAACAGCCACAUCAGUUGUGUUCCUCACUGAAUGCUUUGAAAGUGUAUCAGGUCAACAAGGUGUUCAUGAGAGAGAAAAUGUCUUCAGUCAACAGCAACUUGUUCAUAACAAAGACAGAAAAGCUAUAACAUUCCUUCAUGACUUUCUCAGAAGGACACCUUCACUUCGGCUUGUACCAGGAGCAUGUUCCCAUUUUGAUGGACUUAUCAACAUUUCUUGUUUCCAAGCAUUGCAAGUAUUAGAGAUCAAGAAAGUUCCAGUAGGAUUUAUUAGAGGAAUUCAAAGCUUACGACCCCAACUCAAGACACUAACAUGUAAUAAGUCACUUAUCUCACUCAAUGAAGUGUUUUUUCAUUGUGGUGGAGAUCUCUCCAAUGCCCCAUCAGCUUGGCCUCAACUGAAAACUGUGGAUUUCAGUUACAAUGGCAUCGUGCAAGUUGAUGCUUCUGUGAAACUAUUGCCAGCAGCUGAAGUCCUCAAUCUUAGUCAUAACAAUAUUAAUGUCACUGAAGGUGAUGAGUCUUUGGUUAAUUGGCAGUAUUUGUCUGACAUCCAACACUUGAACUUGGGAUUUAACCAGUUAGAAUGUAUUCCUGUGCCACCAGCUGAAGACAGAAUACUAAUCUUCAAGAACAUGACCACACUUUUAUUGAAAAAUAACAACUUGCAGAAUUUGAAAGGUCUCCAAGCUUUCUCCAAAUUACGAGUCCUUGAUGUUUCUUUUAACUGCAUAGUGGCUUUAUCAGAACUUACACCACUAGCUUAUCUUCAUGACCUUAUAUCAUUAAACCUUCAAGGAAAUCCUGUUGUAUUCUGUCCUUACUACAGACGAGCUACAAUUGCCUGUUUAUAUCCUAUACCUCGAGUUGAACCAAUCAAAGUUGAUGGGAAGCCUCUAGAUUCUGAAGAGCAAGUGCUCCUUGGUAGGAAUGUGCAUCCAGUAUCCAUGUUGUCUUAUAUACCUGAAGCACCAGUGCAACACCAUCGUGUCAGAACCAUCAGGAAAGUGGAGGAAGAUUCAAUGGAAUCAUCGGAGUCUCAAGAAGAGUCGUCAGAUUCUCCAUCCAAACCUAGAAAAUCCAAGAAGAAAAACAAGAAAGGACGAAGAGUUGUGACCAGAGAAAUUGACUUCGAUGAUGGCAAUGAGGGAUUGACUUCACCUACUGACGAACUGCUUACGGGCCCGUCUACCUCAACUGCUACGCCUAUUGAUCAAGCUCUUGAACAUGCCGAUGAUGUGGAAAACCUUAAGAAAUUGAGGCAGCAAGGUGGAGAAGGAUGGUUACCAGCAAUUGACCAGGUAGUUCAUGCACAAGAGCAGGAAGAAAUAGCCCCUGCUAGUGUGCACGUGUCUGCUGAAUCUUUGUUAGAUCAUGCAUCAAAUGUCAUUCGCAAAGAGUCCAUUCAGAGUUUUACGGAUAAUACAAUAGAGAUACACAGUCCUUCAGGCACUUUCAGUAUUCUCUCUGAUGAAGAUAUCACAGAUGGGCAUCAUUAUGUUGUGACAGCAAUGUCUACUUUGGAUGAGGCUGAAGGCAAUGCUGAACAUCUGUUUCUGACGGUCAGGGAUGACUUUAUCAUGGAAAAGAACUUUGCUGGAAAGGUCAUUUCCCGGUUGGAAACAAGUUUGUUAAGGGAUGUAAACAUGGUUAGGACGGAAGAUAAUCAUUCAGUUAUACAUCUGAGGUUCGACUACAUGAGUCGUGAGAGACAAAGGCGGGACUACGUAAUGGAGGACUACGAAACUGCUGUGCAACUAGCAGAAAUCCUGGAACCUUUUGUUACAGCAAAAAGAGAAAUGAAAAAAGUUGCUCUUGAACGUCUACAGUGCCUGAAGUGUUCGGCAGAGUUCACAAAACCAGUCGCUCUCGAUGAUGCAUUCUGCCCUGACUGUGGCAGCUCUCUCACUGUUCAAGUAUCUUCACCUGUAAUUCCGGUCAAACCGGUUUUCACUCUCGAUCAUGUGACUGGACAGGUAAUAGGAAAGCACAUGGAAGCGUCUAAACUGAACGUCAGUUCUAUCAAGACGCUGAAUGGUGACAUGUCUGUUACACCUCUCCAACAGUUAUCAUCGUCUUCUUCCUCAUCGUCUUACGUUGAAGCUACAGAGGAAAUUCAAAAGGUAGCGAAAACAGGCCGGAAGAUUACAUCAGCAGAGGAUAAAGGGUAUUCAACAAAUGGAAUUGGAGCUGCAAAACACCCCGAUGUUAUUCCAAAGUCAACAGAGUCUUUGGAUCAGUCUCCAACGGUACCAGACUUGUGCACCAACACUUCUGAAAAAAAUUUAAGUGAAAAUGGCAAGGAUUCGUCUUCAGAAAACGAAAAAGUUCUGAAAAAAUAUGUAGUCAAGGACUCUGGAAAGUUCAAAGUGAACGAGAGUGGAAAAUAUACGGUAAAGGACAGAAGUUCGCCUCAAAUAAGAACGAGUGCAUUAACUAGCUCAUUAAAAGAGUCGAGUAAAUCUUAUCAGCCUCCGCCCACUGAUAUGUCAUCAACCCAGGUCGGUAGAAAUGGUGAAAAUUUUGGAGCUCAAAAUUUAAAUGGUAUAUCAGGGAUUAGAAGUAAACAAGUUGACGAAGUGAUUGACAACCGUCCAUCAACACCACUCGAAUCGAAGUGUGAGGAUUUUCAUCAGGAUGAUGAGUUUAUGAGCAAGUCGCUGCCUGCUGAUACCGUGAAUAUGCUACAAAAACGCCCACCAAAAACUGCAACGCGAAAAAUUUCAGAACAAUACCUAAGCAGAAGGUCUCCUGUCCAAAGUAAACUUGGUCGAAGUGCAAAUACCGACAGAGGGCCGACCAAAUCGACGGAAGGCUUUCCUAAACAAACGAAACUGUCUUCGAGUUUACCGAGAACGCCCACGCCAAAAGUGUUUUUUAAUAACUUAAUAAAUCGUUUAAAGCCAGGAAAUAGCCCAAGCAGUUCGCUGGAUUCACGGAGCAGUUCGAGUGGUUCAAGUUCCCGACCGACGACUCCAAGUAGUAAUUUUAUCGAGCCUAAUGCGACUCUGACCUUUCGUCUAACUGCGGAUGAAUUUUCAAGCUGCGAUCACAAGUUGAAGUUGUAUUUCGAGGUGUCGCUGUUUCGGUGGGGCAGCAGCGAGAAGUUCUGCUGUUUGUUGAAAGCCCCAGUUGUUAUUUAUGGCGAGACUGAAGAAACUCCUGCCGUUAUGAUUACAUCCAGUGUCAUGUUCUACCUUUGUAGUUUUUCCGUGAGAGGAAGCGGGACACCCGACGAGUGUCUCACACCACUGGUAUCUCAUCCUCUAGAUAGUUUGCACUUCAUUGACAGAGGACUCGGAAGUCAGAGUUUUCGUCUUGAAUUCUCCGUUCAAGGCGGUUGUUAUGACUUUCUGGUCCGUGACAAAGAUCGUUGUGAAAAGUUCCUAAAAGUGUUUACAAAUGUUGUGCAACAAGCCAAGAUGAAGGUGGGCUCUAGACCUGUUGUCGUUUCCCCGCCUCAUCCUCAAACGCUGGCACACAUCAGGUCUCAAGUCUUUAAGAUAAGACCGGAAGAUCCAAUUUUAAUGGGAGAGCGACUACAUCAGCAGGCUGUCCAUUUCGCUGAUCCCCCGCUGGUAAAAGACCGCAAGAGUUUGUUGAUACGUAGUUAUUCAAGCUGUUUUGUGGGCAGAGAGUUUGUGGACUGGUUGAUUCAAGUAAAAGAAGUAGAAACCAGAGACGAGGGAGUAGGAAUCGGUCAGCUACUCUUGGAUGUUGGAGCACUGGAGCAUGUGUCUAAAGAGCAAGUGUUUGAGGACAAGGAUCAGUAUUACAGGUUUAACACAGAGAGAAAUGAUUUGGCGGGUGAUUCCUUCGCAAGCGAAAGUAUCCUUGACAUAGACACAAACAUCGUGUUGUUUUUAAUGGCUUAUCGCUGCUCAAAUACGGAGAGACCUGAUUCCAGUUUGAAUGCUGUCAGCGUGAUUGCAUCGCGGUCUCAUAUAGCCCUUGUCAAACAGAAUCCUCAGUGGCCCGUUCCACGGUACACAGCGCUGUCCCAACCGCUCAAGGACCCAGCGUUUGUGUGCUUGGCCCGACACAAAAUCACCGAUGUUACUAGCUUGGAUUUUUUUGAAGAUGAUUCAUGCUUUAUGGGGAUCAGUAUAACAGACGAGAACGUCCCCGUGGGGAACGGCGAGAGUCAGUGGAUUUUGAAGACAGAAACAAUCACCACCCUCUCCUCCCUAGUAAAAGUGAUCAAGGAACCGUGGGAGGCUCAGUUUGGUGUGGAGUUGCAAAAGAAUCUUUAUCCUUCUGUGAUGGACCACAAAAUGUAGACGAAGUGGACUGACAUAUUCUUUACUAAAAUUAUUCACAGAGAAUCGAAAAGUUACAAGUCGCAUGCGCAAUAGUACUCUCAACAACGUUCUGUUCGAUUUGCUAUCCUUGAUAAUACGCUUUCGACAUGGAGCAAUCCCUUAGUGUAGAGAAACUAAAGAGCACAAGAUUUGUCUCAAAGUUUGCGGUGUAGUUUAGGAAAUAAUUCACCUAAGAUAGCAGCCUCUAUUCUUCUUUUUGAAAGCAACAGAAUGACGCGAGUUAUGGCGUUAUCUCUCGAGCGAGCAAUCACAGCGAAUUAAGGGUUAACUUCCAUGGCAACCGUUUUACCAUGGCAACGCAUUAGUUUCGUAUGCAGUCGACCCAGGACAAGUGUUGAUUGGGUUUCGAAUAACGCGGCCCUUGGCAGUCAUACAGAUCUCCUAUUAUUCACAUUAAUUAAACAAAUUCACUUUAACCAAAUUCGAACAACACGAAGUGAAGCACAGAAACUCCUUUUGAUAUAAAUAGUAAUUUAUUUCAAUGAAAGCUUAAAAUUAUUUUAAUCCCUCUAUUACUGAUGCGGGAGUUUCGAACACGACAGCGUUCGUUAUAAAAAUGCCACAAUUUUGCUUCACAGAAUUAAGAAAGAUUAUUUAUUUCAAAAGCUUAAUUUCGUUUUGUCUCCUUUCUGCGGAGUCGUAACCAUAAUUGAUCACAUGGUCAAUGAAUAACAAAACCCAAAACAAAUUAACUUCAAACUUAAUAUAUAAUUAAAACCUUCGUUUUGGAUCGAGAAUGAUAA